CAUCAUGGAUAAUCUUGCAGUUUCGAAGAUGGCGGCGGUUUUCAAACCAAUAAUUCGAUGGGCUCAAAGCAAGGAGCGAAUAUUUUUAACACUGGAGUUGUCAGAUGUUCAGUAUCCAGCUGUAGAACUGACUGGUAACCGGUUAGUCUUUCAAGGAUUUGGUCAUGGAGCCAGAGGGGAACAGCAGUACCAUGUGGACAUUGAUUUCUAUAAGCCUGUUGAUAUUACAGCAAGCAGUCAUAAAGUUCUGGAUCGUCAUGUGGAAUUUUCCAUUGCUAAGUUGAAAGGGCAGCAGGAGUUCUGGCCCCGUCUUAUUGUGGAUGAACAAAAGCCGGCCUGGUUGAAAGUCAACUUUGAUCGAUGGCAAAGUGAAGAUACAUCUGAUAGUGAAAAAGAUGAACUGGAAGAACAAGCUAAACUAGAGAACUUGAUGGCUAAUACCAAAGCCAUGGAAUUAGAUCUGGACAAUGAAAUAGAGAAAACCAAACAAGAAGUUUUCAGAUUUACUCGAAUAUUCUACUUGGUUGUGUAUAAUCUCAUGCAAGGAGGAUUAUAUCUCUACAUCACUUCAGUCCUUCUGUACAAAGCAAUUUUUCAAGGAACAGAUGCCUUCUCUGAAGCUUAUGACUCAGUCAGUGAUGUACUAGCCUCAUGUCAGUUGGCAGCCUUCUUGGAGGUUAUUCAUCCUAUGGUUGGUAUUGUCAAGACUGGUGUACUGGCUCCAUUCAUGCAGGUUUUUGGUAGAAACUUGGUUCUUUUCUUGGUAGUGGUUGCAAAUAAAGAGCUCCAUAAACUUACAGCUGUAUAUGGUCUUUUCAUUGUAUGGUCUCUUAUUGAAGUUGUACGGUACCCAUUUUAUGCCUCUGAGAUCCUUGGCAUAAGAAUUGAACCCCUGAUGUGGCUUCGAUAUACAUUAUGGAUUCCUCUGUAUCCCCUUGGUGUACUCUUUGAAGUUACUCUCAUAUGGAAGGCAAUUCCUUUACUGGAUGAAUCUGAGAGAUUUUCUGUCAAACUACCAAAUGCAUUGAACUUCAGUUUUAGCUUUGCAUGGUACCUCAGAGUAUAUCUUUUCUUUCUUGUUAUUGGUGGCUGUUACAUGAUGAGACACAUGUAUGCCCUACGACAACGAAGAUAUGGCAGGAAGAAAACAAAAACAAAAUAGCAACCUUCUCCGUCAAUAAUACCUGCAACAUAAAGGCCUAAUCAUGCCUGCCAAGACUUUAAAAGUCAGAUCUCUCUCAAAAAUUGUUGACGAUUCUUUUAACUACAAAGAAAACAAUUAUACAAAGGCACAGCAUGCUGUUCAGUGCUGCAGUUUUGGCUGUGGCAAGCUGACAAGUACUUACAUGUUUCAUUUAAUAUAUCAAAGGAAAGUCAUGUUACACCGAAGAUUGAUAAAAGGUUACAUUUAGAGACUGUGUUCCACAUGGUUACUGUAAAUACAAUGUUUAGCAUCCGUGGUCAGGAAGAACUAUCAAUGAAAAGUUAUUCCUAUAAGUUUUCUUGAUUUUAUUGAAGUAGACAACCUUAGUAGGUAGCAUUUCUGCCAUUUUUAUUUGAGGUAGAAGUGUGUUUUCAAACAGCAGUUGGUGACCAAGAAUAUAAUUUUGACUGAGAGUACCAUAAAAGAAGUAUAUCAAAUCAGUGGGUUUCCUAUAAGGUUAACAUACCCCAGGUACAAUUCUGACGGUUGGCAAGGAAGUAUUGCCUAGAUAUAUUGAGUAACAGUUAAGUAAAAGACUAUUAUGCCAAGAUGGAAGGACACAAAUACAGUUGUUACAAGAAUCUGCCACAAUUCUAACUUACAAAGUCUCAACAAGGUUAACUUUAAGGCAUUUACUUUGGAUUUAAACAAUUUUUUUUACCAAUGUUUUGACUUCAGUUAUUGAUGUAACUGUGUUAAUGCAAUAUCCCCUCCUAAAAAUUCAUUUAUACAGUAUUUAUACUGUAUCUACCAAUAACAACAUCUAGAUUCUUGAUGCUAAUGCAGGUAACAAAUAUAUUUAAGCAUGCAACUUAUAAAGGUUACAGUGUUUAUCUACAAGAAUCUGCCACAAAUAUAACUCACAAAAUCUCAAGGUUAGGAUUAAUGCAUUUACUUUAGAUUUUUAAAAACAAAUUUUUUAAUAUUUUGACUUCAGGUAUUGAUAUAACUGUGUUUAACUGUUUCUCAUUUUCAAGAUUUUUUCUGACAUGCUUUUAAGAGAUAUUUUAAAGCAGAUUUUAAAAGUUCAUAGGUUAAUUGACAAGCCAUUUUGACAUUUUAGACUACUGACUUUCUCAGUUAACAAUUUUAAGUAUAGCCACCAAAUUUUAAUCUUGAUGAAAGUCAUCUAAACACCAUCCCAACCAUUAUGUUUAUAUGGUAAUAAAAUGUAAGUAUAAAAAACUGUGUCACACUGUUCCUUAGGUACAGUUAUGAUGGUUGUUAGAGAAGUAUUGCCUAGAAAUAUUGAUUAAAAAUUAAGCAAUAGACUAUUGUGCUAAGAUGUAAAGACACAAAUGCGGUUUUUACACUUAAUGUGACAACUGCAUUUAUGUACUUGCAUCCAAUCACACCAAUCCACCCAUAAGAUUGCCAGUACUAUCUUAAAUAUUUUGCAAUUUUAUUAUUUUUUAACUCCCAUGAGUGACCAAGUUGGAAUUUCUUCUUCCAAUAUCAAUAAAAUAUCAACCAGAUAAGUCAUGAAAAUAAAGAAAAAUAUCAAUUUGGGGAUAAUUAGUUGAACCAAUACUAAAUUAUCUCAACUAACAUUAUAAGAAUUGUAUGGUUGACAGUAAGGAGAGGUAUAAAAUUAAGCUGGGAGUUAAAGGGUUAACAACACAUGUAAAUGAGAUCAUGGCUGAAAAUUGAUACAGACUGUUUGUCUCAAGAGAGGUAACAACCUCCUCUUAAAGUUCACUGCCUCACCUCUAAAUAUAUUAUUUGUAAGCAAUAAUCUGAAGAUCCUUUGAAACUUCAUUCAAAUAAUUAAAAGGGCAAUCAAACAGAUCAGUAUUUGUGAGUGAAGAACAGUCAAAGCUUUAUCAAAAUUAGCACUUAUAAUGAAAAAUUAGACAAGGGGGGAGCUGCAGCCCAGGUCAAUACAGUAGUAGUGACUCACUCCAAUGGGACAAUUUAUUCUCUCCUUUAGCUAUCUCACCUCCUCUUAUGGAUAGUAACUUGAGUUGGCCAAAUUGCUGGUCAAAAAAAAAAGGUAGAAUAUA